AAUCACUAGCCAUUUAUUUACUGCGCAGUGUUUAGCUUGGCCAUGGUCUUCGAAGUCACGGUAACGCCGUAAGAAACACCCACAUUGAAUUCAGAACACGAACCAUCUCAGAUGGCAACCAAGAAAUAUAUCGUCAAUUAAUCGCAAUAUUUCUUCCGAUUCCCAUGUACGCAAUUUACCAUUUGCAUAUAACUAACGCCCUUUCAAGCUAUAUAUACCUCUGUAGCUAUUUUUUCUUUUUCUUGGCUCAGCAACUCAGGCUCGCCUGCCACUUACAAUGUGGCUGCUCGCCCAUAACCAAUACUUUUCGCAGGUGUCGCCAAGUCAAGCCUUGUUACCAACACUUUCAGUGUGGCUUCCGUGUUACGCUUCGAACAAUUUCAAACGGUAUCUUCCCAAUGCAGUCUUCACCAAUAUCUGAUGCCUUUUGCCAAAGUCGGUAAUCCCCGCUUAUUUCUGCUGGCAACUUCCAAUCUGUUCCAUCACUUCUCUGCUUUCCAUAGGUGGCUUAGAAAUAUUUGCUCGUCCUGAAGAGAAACAUAGGUUGCCAUGCACUGCUUUGGCAAACACUGCCCUCUUUUUCACCUCACAAUCAGAGUUUCACUGAGCC